CCCGGCGCCGAGAUGGCGGCUGCCCGCGGCGCGCGCACGGGCUGCCGCAGAGCUGCGGCCGGCGCCGAGCAGCUUUAGGGUGACUCUGACAAUCGCGAAGGCAGACUUAGGCCCUUGUCUGCAGGAAAAGCGAGAGUUUGUAUCCUUCAAAAUGCCUAACUCCAGUGCGAAGUCUCACCUUAGCCACAGAGGUGGUCAGGAAGCUGGCAGGCGGGAGCUGGUUUCAAGAUCCUUGCAGAGUGCUCAGCAUUGUCUGGAAGACCAGGAUUUUGGAACUGCAUAUGCUCACUAUCUCCUAGUACUGAAUCUAGCUCCCGAGUUAAAAACUUCCGUCAAAGAAACAUUUCAAUUUACUCUCUUUAAAUGGGCAGAAGAGCUAGAUUCUCUAGCACGGAUUCAAGAUCUAUUUAACUGUUAUGAACAGGCACUUGAACUGUAUCCCAAUGAUGAAGUGAUAUGUAACAGUAUGGGAGAACAUCUUUUCAGAAUGGGCUUUAGAGACGAAGCAGCUGGAUACUUUCGCAAAGCAGUGAAGCUUAACCCAGAUUUUGCUGAUGCGAAGGAGAAUUUUUACCGCGUUGCAAACUGGCUUGUUGAACGUUGGCAUUUCAUCAUGCUCAAUGAUACCAAGAGGAAUCUUACCUACCUAAAAGCAAUAGAGAAAGUUGUCCGGUCCGGGUGUAAAUCUGUUCUCGAUAUUGGGACAGGAACAGGAAUAUUAAGUAUGUUUGCAAAAAAGGCGGGAGCACCUUAUGUUUAUGCCUGUGAAUUAUCAAAAACCAUGUAUGAACUUGCUUGUGAUGUGGUGGCAGCAAAUAAUAUGGGAAAUGAGAUCAAACUUCUUCAUUUGAAGUCACUUGAUAUAGAAAUUCCAAAGCACAUACCUGAAAGAGUUUCUUUGGUUGUCACAGAAACUGUUGAUGCUGGUUUGUUCGGAGAAGGCAUUGUGGAGAGUUUGAUACAUGCUUGGGAACAUCUACUUUUACAACCAAAGCCUAAAAAUCAAGAUAUUCAUACUAAAGACUGUGGCCAAGUUAUUCCUACAAGUGCUACAAUAUUUGGGAUGGCAGUAGAAUGCAAAGAGAUACGUAGACAUCACAGAGUGGGAAUGCAGGAAAUUGCUGGUGUGCAUUUGGCAAAUUCAGUGCAAUUUUUUAGUCCAACAUAUGCUUCUGCUGGUUCUGAGGAAACUGUUGAACCUUACACUACUGAAAAGCUUAGUCGAGUUCCCGGAGGUUACGUACCUCUGACAGAACCCUUUCAAGUAAUGACAGUGGAUUUCAACAAUCUACAGGAGCUGAAAAGCCUUGCAGGCAGAAAGCCUUGGAAGCUCAGCCUACCAGUCACCCAGGGAGGAAUCUUAGAUGCUGUCGUGGUCUGGUUUGUAUUACAGCUUGAUGAUGAGCAUGCUCUGUCUACAAGUCCCAGUGAGGAGUCUUGCUGGGAACAGGCAGUCUAUCCUGUACAGGAUCUCCCUGAUUAUUCUGUGAAGACUGGAGAUACUGUGACAAUGGAAGUUUGCUGCCAAGACUGCUACUUGAAGAUCCAGAAGAUUUCUUUUUGGACUUCAGAGUGUGGGAUGGACUUCAGUAACAGAGAUGACACACUGAAUUUGGGUAGUGAAGCUGAAUUAUGUAAUGCUCUGGCUAGUCUUCAAACGACUAGCAAACAGGAUAGCAAAGGUCAAGUGUGUGUGCUAGAAUCCACGGAAAUAGCCCUGCUGAACAAUAUACCAUACCAUGAAUGCUUUAAAGCUGCCAUUGGCAAAGUGCUGUCGUCAUUAAAUCCAAGUAAAGACUUGCAGACCAUGGAUGUCGAUGGACAUGGCAGUGGGUUGAACCUUCAAGACAGUCAAAACAAGAGCUCUCUAGAUGCAGCUCCUGAUCCUUUGUAUGUAUUAGAUGUAUCUGAGGGCUUCUCUAUCCUGCCAAUUAUUGCCGGCAAACUUGGACCAGUUAAAGCUUACAGUUCUGUUGAGAAAGAACAGCAUCAAACAGCCCUUAAUGUAAUUUCAGAAGCUAACCAUUUCCCUAAAGAAACAUUAGAAUUUUGGCUCAGCCACUUGGAAGAUGAAAAUGUGGUGUUACAGAGACCAAAAUCAGACAGGCUGUGGAGUAUUAUCAUCUUGGAUGUUAUAGAGACAUCUGGUUUAAUCCAGCAGGAGGUGAUGGAAAAGGCUGCAAUAUCCAGAUGUUUACUUCACAGUGGAGGAAAGAUAUUUCCACAGUAUGUAUUGAUGUAUGGGAUGCUUGUAGAAUCACAGUCUCUGUUACUGGAGAGUGCAGUUCAAGGAACAGAACCAACUCUUGGGUUUAAUAUAGCCCCUUUUAUCAACCAGUUCAAGGUACCUGUUCGUGUGUAUUUGGAUCUCUCUACGUUGCCAUGUCUACCCUUGAGCAAGCCAGCAGAACUUUUAAGGCUAGAUCUCAUGAAUCCUCUCUUAAAUAGCUCCAGCAGAGAAGUGAAGGUGAAAAUUUGUAAGUCUGGCCAAGUCACUGCAAUUCCCUUUUGGUAUCACAUACAUCUAGAUGAAGACCAUAGUUUGAAUACGUCAGAUGAGUUCUCACAUUGGAAACAAGCUGCAGUUGUUUUAGAUAAGCCUAUCCAGGUUCAGCAUGGAGAUGAACUUGUGCUUGAUGUCCAGCAUCAUAAAAGCAAUAUUAGCAUUACAGUAAGACAGUGAAGAAUGUCACCUGCAAAUGGAUGUUGGGUUAAUUAUCUAUGCAUACACAGGUUGUUCAAUGUAACUGAUAUUUAUAUUAAAGUCUACAUUUUAUCUGCUGAUCAAAGAGGGUAUUUUAUUGCUGUAAAUUUUGUAAAUUUUUAAGUAUUUAUUAACUGAAACUCAAACCUCAAGGCUAUUUUACUAGCCAAUUAGAAGAGAGAUACUGUUUUUACUGUAGCAAGAAAAGUGAGUGCUAGCAGCUGUUGUUUGGGGUUUUUUGAUUUCUAACAACUCUGAAAGAGACUUAUUGUAUAGAUACUUCUAUUACAGGAAAGCACCUGAUUUGUAAAUCUGUAUCAUUUAGGAUGUUCAGCUAUUGUAGCUCGGAAUGCUGUGUAAAUCCUCUGUCCCGCUCUCACGGUCACUGAUAGAACUCGUAUCAGUGCCCCAUCAGCAGCAGUACGAGAAAAAGCAUCUGGAUGACUAUAGCAGAGAUGAAGUGUGUUAUUAAAACAGCUGUGGCUGUUUAAGGUAGAAGAGACCUUGUUUUCCUGAACCUGAGUUUCACUUCUCAGUCCUAGGCACAGCUUUACUUAAAUGUAUUGAGAUCUUCACCUUGUAGUAGGGAAUGUGCCUACCAUUCCAGUUGCAGUUAUCACAAGUGAGUGUUGUAUGUGUACAAUUAUAAUGAGUCAUAAAAGAAGGCUGUAGAAUAAGUUGUACAGCGAAGGUCAAGCUUGGAAACUUCCAGUACCUUAGAGAAUCACAGUAUGUCUGGUAAUGUAAUGGGACUGAGGGCUUAGGCUAUGUGAAAGCUGGUGUGAAAUACUCCAUCAGUCAUGCACCACAGUACUUCUGCUCCUUUUCUGCAGCAUUACACAGGUAAUAGGGUUCCAACAGGUUCCUGUUGACUUUCUCUCUAAAUAAAAGAUGAAAAAAUGUUCUAA